AUGGACUACCACAUCGGGUGGUGUCUUGUCUGCGAACAGCAGCUCAAGCAACGGCAACCGCAACCGCAACCACAACCACCGCAAUCCCAACCCCAAUCCCCAGUUCGCUCAUCUGUCCUUCCUCUCGACCGCCGUUCCCAUCGCCAUCGGUCUGUUGUCCUUGCUGCUCGCAUCCCUGGAUUCGGCCUCAAGCACAACCAGUUCGUCUACUGCUCCCAGACUUGCCAGCACCGAGACCUCUAUGCCGCCGCCCUGCUGCCCCCAGGCCCGGUGAUGCGGCCGCGUGCCUUGUCGUCCAAUGCCGCAUAUCCAACAGCCCUUCCUUUCCAUGAGCCCCAGAAGGCCAUCAAAAGGGCCGAUGCUGUUCAUAUCCCACGCCAGUCCAGCGAUCGCUGUGAUGUCGAUGCCGCGCUGGCCGACCACCCACAUCGCAGACCAGCCCAGCAACCAAACCAUGGCCUGUCCGAUGAUCUCCCGCUCGGUUCUCUCAUGGGCGAAUCCGCCCCAAUCGGCUCUGUCCACCGACUUCCUUCGCUCUCCAUCCAUCCGACUCCCCCCCAGAUGCAAGAAACUUGGCCCAGCAGCCCGCCGUCAUCCUACAAGGGCAUGCAAGAGGCUCCCUGGCUGGGCGACCUCGCGACCAAGCUCUCGCUGACACCCACGGCGUCCUCGACCUUCUUCCUCUCGCAGUCGCACUUCAAACGAAGCUUCAGCAUGUACGAUCUCGGGAGCAUCUGCACGCUCCCGGUCACGGACCACUGCUUGAAGCGCUACGAUUCCCGUCCCCUCAAGCGACACUACCAUGCCAACUCCAGGUCCGAGCUGGACCUCGCUAAGCGCAAGUUUAUUCCGUUUUCCAAGCUCGUCACCGACGACCGACUCUGUGUGGGCGGUUGGAGCUAG